UCGAGAUUUGGAGACGACUUUUCUACGAACUGACUUCCAAAAUUAAAUUAAUGGAACAUCUUCUGGACUGCAUUUCCUUCCAUAUUUCCACGUGAGUGUCAUUGUCCAAUUAUCUAUAUAUAAGAUAGGAGAGAAUUUCGGUAGUUUAUUUAAUUUUGAUCGACUUAAUCGUUAACACUUUGUAAAACAAUUCUUUCAAAUGGCUCUUACUUCGUCUCUCUUCCUUAGCAUUAUUUUCAUUAUAUUACUGAAUGGGCAGUCUCUGCAUGCUUCGGAAGAUAAUCGUAAGGCAUUUAUAGUGUACAUGGGAGAAAGAAAACAGAACCAGCCUUCCACGUCAGCAUCUCUUCACAUGAGCAUGCUCCAAAAAGUUGCAGGGAGCAAUGUUGGAGUAGGAUCUCUACUCCGCAGCUACCAGAGAAGUUUCAAUGGAUUCGUUGCAAGGUUAACUGAAAAAGAAGCACAACAAUUGGCUGAAACGGAGGGAGUAGUGUCCGUGUUCCCUAGCGAAAAACAGCAGCUGCAUACAACCAGGUCAUGGGACUUCAUUGGAUUUCCAGAGACAGUUAAGAGAAGUACAACUGAAAGUGACAUCAUUAUUGGAGUUCUUGACACUGGAAUUUCACCUAAAUCCCCGAGCUUUAAUGACAAAGGUUUCGGCCCACCUCCUAAAAAAUGGAAAGGCUCAUGCCAAGUCUCCGCAAACUUUUCUUGCAACAACAAAGUUAUUGGAGCCAAGUAUUACCGAAGCGAUGGUUCAAUUCCGGAAGAUGAUGUUAAGUCGCCGAUGGACACUGAUGGCCACGGGACACACACAGCUUCCACAGCAGCCGGGGGGUUAGUAAAGGACGCCAGUUUUUUCGGACUAGCCUCGGGCACAGCGCGUGGAGGGGUACCGUCUGCGCGUGUAGCGGCAUACAAAGUGUGCUGGAAUGACGGUUGUACUGAUGCAGAUAUUCUUGCGGCAUUUGAUGACGCAAUUGCUGACGGCGUCGACAUAAUAUCCGUUUCUCUUUCGUCUGGUUCUUCGGAUUACUUCAAGAAUGUCAUCGCCAUUGGAGCUUUUCAUGCUAUGAGGAAUGGAAUUUUAACGUCCGUUUCUGCUGGAAACGGAGGUCCGCAGCUAGAGACUAUCGCUAACUUUGCGCCUUGGACUCUUUCCGUGGCUGCUUCAACUACUGAUAGAGACUUCUUCACUAAACUUCAAUUGGGUAACAACGUGUCAUACAAGGGAUUCUCAAUAUCUACUUCAGAUAUAAAAAAUUUGCCUAUCAUAUACGGCGGAGAUGCACCAGCAGAAGGUUUUGAAGGUUCAUCAUCCAGAUUUUGCAGAACAGGUUCGUUAGACAAGAAUAAGGUGAUGGGUAAAAUCGUGUUUUGUGAUGAUUUAACAUCUGGUGGUGGACCCCUACUGGCUAAUGCAGCUGGUGCUGUGUUGUCUGGCCGAGAAUUUGGAGAGACUUCAAGUCCUUUUCCCUUGCCCACAGCAUACCUCACUCGAAAGGAUGGUAGCCAAGCAUACAUAUAUAUAAACUCCACUAGAAACCCAACUGGAACAAUAUCCAAAAGUACUCAACAGAUUAAUAAGAUGGCACCUAUGGUAGCUUCCUUUUCGUCUAGGGGUCCAAGCCCAAUUAAUCCUAACAUCCUCAAGCCAGAUUUAACAGCACCUGGGUCGAACAUUUUAGCUGGGUGGCCCGCAACAGCCUCACUCUCAGGUUUUGAAUUGGACAAAAGAGUUUCCGCGUUUAAUAUAAUCUCUGGGACAUCAAUGUCUUGUCCACAUGCUUCGGCUGCUGCCGCCUACGUCAAGUCGUUUCAUCCAACAUGGUCCCCUGCUGCUGUUAAGUCCUCUCUAAUGACCACAGCUAAUCCCUUGAAUGCCGACCUUAAUCCUGAUGCUGAGUUUUCCUACGGAUCUGGACAAAUUAACCCUAGUAAGGCUGCAUUCCCUGGAUUAGUAUACGACGUCGUUGAAGCUGACUACGUAAACUUGCUCUGUGGUGAAGGUUACACAACCAAGUUAUUGCAAAUUGUUACCGGAAACAGUAAAAGCUCAUGCCCUGCAAAUCAUGGAACGAGCCCGGACCUAAACUAUCCCGCUUUCGUUACUUCAGCCUCACCUGCAAAAUCCAUCAACAAAGUUUUCAAUAGGACUGUCACAAACGUUGGGUCACCCACAUCCACAUAUGAAGCCAAGGUAAUUGCCCCACCAGGAUUUAAAGUUGAAGUGAAUCCUAGUGUCCUUUGUUUUACUUCACUUGGGGAGAAGCAGUCCUACACUGUGACGGUACAAGGAGUAGCAGAUAAGAAAACUGUGGUCUCAGGUUCACUUAUUUGGGAUGAUGGUACCUACCAAGUGAAGAGCCCUAUUGUUGUCUAUAUCCCAAUGUAAUGAGCUCGCCAUUGUGGAAAAGAAAAUUCAAAGGAAGAAGUCAUGUCUUGGAAGUGGGCCACUAAUCAAUUAAUUAAUUAGUUGUAUGGCAUAUAUAUGGAUACCAUUAUGUAACGUAUUCAUCAAUAAAAGAAAAGAAAACUCCAAAUUUUGUUUUGGAAAUAACUUGCUGAUAAA